AUGUCAACCACAAAUCAAAUACCAAAAAAUCAUGACAAGAUCAUCUUCAAAUGUGAUAAACACUCGACAAUUAUCUCCGAGAAACUCCAGAGUUUCUAUCAAGAAAAUGAGUUAUUCGACACUGUGAUCAUAGCAGGAAGCGAUCUUGUCAAUAUCCAUGCUCAUAGUGUUGUCUUAUGUGCAUUGAGUGAGUACUUCUUGCAAAUAUUCCGUAGGACUGAAAGAACUUCGAAAGACAACAUUGUUGAACUCAAAGAAAUCAAUGCUUCCACAUUGAAAGUUGUUAUUGAUUUCAUGUAUUCGGGUACGAUUGAAUUAAGUCUCCAGACUGUCGAGGCAGUCUUGCGAACUGCAUCAUUGCUAAAGUUGAAAACUUUAGUUGAUGGUUGUUGUGAAUUGAUUGAGACAAAAAUUGACUCCAGGAACUCUUUGUAUUGGUUCCGUUUGGCUAAAGAAUUGAGUUUAGACACACUGAAGGACAAGUCACUAGAAUGUACUUACAUUCACUUUGAGAAAAUAUCGCGGAAGAAAGAAUUUAUGAUGUUGAAUGAAAAUGAAUUAGAGGAUCUUUUAUUCAAUGACAAUCCCCAUGGAGACUUCGAAGAGGAAAUAUUCUUUUCCAUGGUGGCCUGGAUAAGUUAUGACAAACUCAAUCGCGAACAUUUAGUUUUCGAGCUAUUGUCAAAGGUUCGUUUUUGGGUUCUAACACCAAAGUUCAUCGUUGAAAACCGAAGGGCAGUUUGCAAAACUGUAGAAAGUUAUGAAUUGAUUUGUAGUUGGCUUCAAUGGCAUUUGUCGCCAGAAAGUCGUACAAACGAUCACUCAAAAUGUGCUUUCAAGCCACGUAAGAAGCCUAAACUUGCAGUUGUGAGCAGCUUUUGCUAUCGUUCAGUUAAACGGCAAAUAAAUAUAAAUACUUUUGACCCAAAAACAAAUUUAUGGUCGAUCAAAAUUAAGAGAAGACCUUCUUCUGAAAAGGAUAAUUUUUCAUCAAUUGUGGUUGACGGUAUGGUAAUUAUGGUAGGAGGGGAAGAUACUAGUGGAUGGAAAAACAGGGUAGAUUGUUGCUAUUUGGAUACUUUUCAGCACAGGGUCUUACCAUCAAUGAUAAACACACCCAAUCAACGUUGCCAGUUGGUCGAUUUAAAUGGAUAUUUGUGUGCUUUUGCUGCCGUUGAAAGCACAAAUUCAUAUUCAAUUGAAAUAUACAAUUUUUCAACAAAGAAAUGGAGUAAUUUACAACCGUUUUAUCCUAUAAGUAUGUUUAGCCAGACAGCUUCCCACAAUGGAGUGUUAUACAUUCUUGAUUUUUACAACGGCUUUUUACAAACUUAUGAUACAUCAACAAACAAAUGGAAUUCUAGAGCGAUUAAGAAAGAUUCGCUUAAACAUUUUGGCCUUGCUGCUGUGGAAGGAUUUUUGUACGUUUUCGGUGGUUGUAGUGAUAACUAUGACCACGAGGAAUCGGGUGAAGAUGAUGAAUACGAAGAUCAAGACGAUGAUGAAGGUGAUGACGAUGAAGUAGACGACAACUGGGAGUAUUUAGAAACUGUUCAACGCUACGAUCUAACAAAUGAUUCCUGGUGUGAAAUGACAUCACUACCUUAUAUACAAGGUACAUCCUUUAUUAAAACUAAAGUUCUUGAAGAUAAAAUAAUAGCAUCCGAUUCCUGCAAUAUUGCCGAGUACGAUAUUGACACAGACAAAUGGAAUAUUUUGAGUCCAUUAUUAGAUUCUGGUAAUUCCUUUGAUAUUUAUUUGUAUUACAGUUGA